AAAAGGAUGUUUUUGGUGUUUGAUGAGUCGGGGAUAUUUAUUGCUGCAUUGAACUGUAAGCUAUUUUAUCUUCCAUUCAAUUUAUAUUUGCUGAUCAUUGUUAGUGCGAAAUAUCCAUUGGCAGUUGUUGAUCAACUGUCAAUGGUUUAUGGCAAAAAUGGAGGUUGUGCAUUUGCUAAGACACUAGGGAACAGUACUUUGGGACCACAUGCUUCCGCCCUCAAUUUCCGGAUGAUGGUAGGAGCAUUUCACGGCCAUGCACAUAAUCGAAGGUGCCAGAUAGAUUGGCAUCCUAUGUAUAUUGAAGGCACUGGACACACGGAGGGCGAAGGAUGUGAACACAUUUUUUCUUCAUCAAAUGACCUUGCACUCAGCACUCAGCACGCUACAACUUUUCACCGACAUCAAUCGAUUGAGCAACAUUUUACAUUUUGGGAUGAGGAUAAGUAUACAGCAUUAAGUACAUUUUAUAAAUAUCUACUCGAUGACCGAUUAUGA